AGACAUGCGGGCCAGAAUUCAACAAAAACAACAAUAGUGACGAAUAAUAUUCAUCGGUCGGAGCGAUCCAUGGAUCAAUAAAGGCCCGCCCCAGAUUCACGCAUGCACAGUACAGCCCUGCUCGUUCACAGUUUGCAGAUAGAAUGGCCGAGCUGCUCCCGUGGCUGCCAUGGCUUCUCCCCUCCCUCCUCGCCGCCGUCUACCUCCUCGGUCUCCGAGCGCAUGGACGCCGCGGCCUCCCACCGGGGCCUCGCCCUCUGCCCCUCAUCGGCAACCUCCACCUCCUCGGCGACCAGCCGCACCGCUCCCUCGCGGGCCUCGCGAAGAUCCACGGCCCGCUCAUGUCCCUCCGCCUGGGCGCGGUCACCACGGUGGUCGCGUCCUCCCCGGACGUCGCGCGCGAGUUCCUGCAGAGGCAUGACGCCGCCUUCGCCACGCGGUCCGUGCCGGACGCCGUCGGCGCCCACGCCAGGGGCUCCGUGGUGUGGCUGCCCAACUCCUCGCCGCGCUGGCGCGCCCUCAGGAAGGUCAUGGCCAGGGAGCUCUUCGCGCCGCACAGGCUGGACGCGCUCCGGCACCUCCGUCGCGAGAAGGUGCGCCUGCUCGUGGACCACGUCGGCCGGCUCGCGCGCGACGGCCCGGCGGUGGACGUCGGCCGCGCGGCGUUCGCCACGGUCCUCAACCUCCUCUCGAGCACCAUCUUCUCGCACGACCUGACGAACCUGGACGACCACGGCGAGUCGGAGGAGUUCAAGGAAGUGGUGACGGAGAUCAUGGAAGCCGCGGGCAGCCCGAACCUGUCGGACUUCUACCCGGCGUUCGCGGCGGCCGACCUGCAAGGCUGCCGCCGGCGCGUGGCCAAGGGGUUCGCACGGCUGCACCGCGCGUUCGACAUGGAGAUCAACGAGAGGCUGCAUGGCCGCAAGGCUGGACAGCCCAGAAAGAACGACUUCCUUGACCUGUUGCUGGACAGCGAAACGGGCGACAACGGCACGCCGGGGCUGGACCGCGACACGCUACACUCGAUGUUGUUGGAUUUAUUUGUUGCUGGAAGCGACACAAGCGCUAACACAGUGGAAUGGGCAAUGACGGAGUUGCUUCAGAAUCCAGUGUCGAUGGCUAAAGUUUGCGAUGAGCUAGCAAGAGUAAUUGGCUCAAGGAAAAACAUUGAAGAGUCCCAAAUUGGGCAGCUGCCGUAUCUUCAAGCUGUGGUAAAAGAAACUUUUCGACUGCAUCCUCCUGCUCCGCUGUUGUUACCACGUCAAGCUGAGAUGGCAACAAAAGUGAUAGGCUACACAAUACCUAAAGGUACUCGUCUGCUGAUAAAUAUAUGGGCAAUGGGUCGAGAUGCAAAUGUGUGGCCUGAACCAGACAAGUUUAUGCCCGAGAGGUUUUUGGAAAAGGCGGUCGAUUUCAAAGGUGGAGACUUCGACCUCAUCCCAUUUGGCGCGGGACGUCGGAUUUGCCCGGGCAUGCCGUUGGCUAUUAGGAUGGUGCAUCUGGUUCUUGGGUCACUGUUGAAUCAGUUCAAAUGGAAGCUUCCCAUUGAGGUCGAAAGAAACGGAGUUGACAUGGCAGAGAAAUUUGGGGUGACACUAAUAAAGGCCGUGCCACUCUGUGCUAUAGCUACACCAAUUUGAGCGAACCAAUAGUAUAUCAAACUGUAUUAUCAUGGCCUUUCUUACUCUUGUUCAGUAAUGCAUUAAGCACCAUUGAUGUGCUAACAAUUAACUGCACACAAUUGUCCAUGGGCAA